AUGAAAGACUUCCCAUGCGUCGUAAUCCGACGUAUCUGCGACUAUUACGAUUCUCAUAGGACUCGUCAGCGGCAGGGCUACGAUGCCAUAUCAGCAGCGGUAUAUGCAAGAUCUCUAUUACUAGCAGUACCUCAAUUACAAUCAUCUAUUCCGAUGGUCAAGCAAAUGUCACAUCGCUGA